AUUUGGUCUGUCAAACGAGCAUGGACACUGUUGCGAUCGUCCUGCCCGUCGCCGUCGCGGUGCUGCUCGUGCUCCUCGUCAUCUCCAAGGGCGUCAAGAUCAUCAAGGAGAAGGAGGUCAUGGUCGUCGAGCGCUUCGGCCGCUUCCACACGAUCCUCACGCCCGGCUUCCACGUCAUCAUCCCGUUCGUGGACGCGCCCCGGACGCACCACCAAAAGUACAUUGUCGACGUCAAUUCGCGCUUGACGCUUGUCGACAAGCGCAAUCUCUCGACGAUUUCGACGCAAAACGAGGUCCUCGACUUCCCCAAGCAGCCGGUCAUUACGCGCGAUAACGCGGCCAUCUUCCUCGACGCCGUGCUUCAGUACUCGAUCACGAGCCCAAAGACGUACAUUUACUCGGUGCAGAACCUCCCGCACCUGCUUAGCGUGUUGCUUCAAGCGCAGAUCCGCAACGUCGCCGGCUCGCUCGACGUUGACCAGAUCAUUGAAGACACGGCGCAGAUGGACCGCGUCUCGGGUCUCAUGGACGCCGCGUCUGUACAAUAUGGCGUCAAGAUCUCGAUGGUCAAGAUCCAGCGGGUUGACGCGGGUCGCCUCAGCCAAGUGCUCGCCGCCAAGAAGCAGGCCGAUCUCAACAACAAGGAAAUCAUCAUCCAGGCCAAGGCGUCCAAGCAAACGACCGUCAUCAACUCGGAAGGCAACCGCGACCGCAUGAUCAAAGAGUCGGAAGGCGAGGCCCAGCAAGCGCUCUCCCGCGCGCGUGGUGAAGCGCAAGCGAUCGUCAACGCGGCCAACGCCGAAGCCCGCAGUAUCAAGGAGAUUUCCAAGGUCGUGACCCGCAGCGGCGAAGACCCGCUGCGCUACCUCCUCGCCCUCAAGUACAUUGACGUCAUGCGCCAAAUCAUCUCGCUCCGCCAGACCGAGGUGCAACUCAUGCCCUUCGAAACCACGUUCCUCCAGACGAUCAAGGGCUUUGGCCUCAACACAGUCGCGCCCAAGUAAGCAAAUGGCGAAUAUCGUGUAUUGCAUGCUGUGA